AGAAAAAAAAAAAAGGGCCAGCGGAUCUGGAGCCAAGCUCUGCAGCCAACGAAGACCUUGCAACAGUCGGCAGCAUUUUGGGAGGUCACCAGUGUCUCGAUGCUCCUCAUUGCCCCACCCCACCAUUCACACCAGAUCAUCCGCCUUUUUUCUCUUCAAGUCCAGUCGAGCUGGUGCUGUCGCUUUUUUCCAUUUCUCUCCUCUUCUCUCACGGCAAUACGACUCUUUCUGCUUGGCUGCAGCCUGCCCCUUGCCCACACUUUCUCUGCGGCUUCCAUUCCUCCAUCUGUCGUUUUUGGAUUUGCUGCUUGCCCGCCUCUUCAUUUAGCAGCCAGUUCUGCCUUGAGGUUCCCUCUUUUCUCUUUCCCUCUUCCUCCCUUCCUCCCUCCUCUCUCCGUCUCUCUCUCUCUCUGGCGUCUCUCGUUGCAUUGCCUUUGUAUUCCGUUGCUUUCCCAAAUCAAGUUCCGUUGACUAUUGCCCAUCAUGUCGCGACCAACGACUCGCAUGAACGAGUAUUUCGUGCCCCGUGAUGGCAUCGAUCGUGAAGUCAUCUCUGCUGAUAUUUGCCGCUACCUGGGCAAUGAUGCUUUGGUGCGACCUGGCCAUUAUGAGGUAUGCCACUUUCAGCAACGCCGACUCUGACAACGGUCAACUCGAGCAAUAGCAACGCAUCU